GUCAAGCUGGGAGCUGCCCGACCUGCGAGAAGGAAGAGUAAAAGCCAUCAGUGAUUCGGAUGGUGUGAGCUACCCGUGGUAUGGAAACACCACUGAAACUGUGACCCUGGUCGGGCCCACUAACAAGAUCUCCAGGUUCUCGGUGAGCAUGAAUGACAAUUUCUACCCCAGUGUGACGUGGGCUGUCCCUGUGAGCAACAGUAACGUGCCGCUGCUGACCAGGAUUAAAAGGGACCAGAGCUUUACCACGUGGCUGGUGGCCAUGAACACCACCACCAAGGAAAAGAUCAUCUUGCAGACUAUCAAGUGGAGGAUGCGCGUGGACAUUGAGGUGGAUCCCAUGCAGCUGCUGGGGCAGCGGGCACGGCUGGUGGGAAGGACUCAGCAAGAGCAGCCCCGGAUCCUCAGUAGGAUGGAGCCCAUCCCACCAAACGCACUAGUGAAACCCAACGCCAACGAUGCCCAGGUCCUCAUGUGGAGACCCAAACGAGGGCAGCCAAUAGUCGUGAUACCUCCCAAGUAG